GAAGUUCCGAUGGGAUGUUUACAACUAUGGCCGCCGUUUUUGAACAAGAAUAACUUCUGACGGAAAUAAAAUGUUCCUUUAGUAAUAUUAGACUCCUGAUUUUAAUGUGAAGUCAAAAAUGGUUGAGAAAGACAAAUUUCUUGUCGUAAUUUCUGUUCUAGAAGGAAGGAGAUUUCCAAAGCGACCAAAGCACAAAAUUAUAACCGAGGCUCGGUUUGAUGGAGAGCUCCUGUCUACAGAUCCUGUGGACCAUACAGAAACCCCAAACUUUACCCAGGAACUUGCAUGGGAACUUGAUAAGAAAGGUCUCCAACAACACAGACUGCAAAGGACCUCAAUUAAAAUUCAGUGCUAUGCCAGUGACAGUACCUCAACAGCUAAGGAGGCUGUCGGAUAUGUAGUUCUGGAUUUAAGAUCAAUUACAACUAAACAGACACCAAAAUGGUAUCCUCUUCUGCACUCAAAAUACAGCAAAAACAAAUCAGAAAUUCGCUUAGCUAUUUAUCUGGAGGAUGAUAAAAGUGGAGGGCAAGAAACAAGCUUCAAGGCAAAAGAAGCACCUGCAAGAUUACUUGAGGACACACAGAACUUAGGGGUGGACCCCCGACACCUCCAGCCAUUGCUGAACGAAGCUGAGGGAUAUUAUCAGAUUGGAUCAAAGCUCAAAUGUAAAGAGCUGUUUGUAAUGUCCGUCACGAUUGCUCAAGCUGCAAAUUUAACACAGCUGAUCCCGAGCUCUCAGCCACUUCCUGUGACAGCCAGUGGUUAUUUCUUUUAUUUCUCCCUGCUGGGGAAUGAUGUGACAAACGAGACGUUCCAUGAUUUAAUUAAUCCUAACUUCCCUGCGGAGCGAGCCUCUGUCAAAAUCCGCAGUAAUGUGGACACACUGAGAGCGUUUUUCUCAUGUCAGCCCGGAAUACAGAUACAUUUGUGUUGUGGAGAGCAGUCAUUAGGGAGCUCUGAGAUUCCUCUUAAGGACCUUCUAGUCAAAAACAGCACUGAAAUUUACAUGAAGCCAGUCUCCAUUGAGGGCUCAUUUCAGUUGAUACCCCCAAAUAAAACUAAGCAACAAAUUACCCUUGCCCCUGGGGAUUUAUCCCCUACCGUGGGGGUCUCCAUCGUUCUGAGGAAAGAGGAAACGGUGAUGCCAUCCACUGCCAAUGGUGAUAAACAGGAAAGCAAAGUCCUGGGGUCCCCUGUAAAGGACCGGGAUGUGUCCCCACCAAGAAGACCAGUAUCUCCAUCAGCCAAGGCCAAGAAAGGUCAUUCUCCUGGGAAAAAGAAGGAAAGGGAACCAGUAAAACAACAAGAACCAGUCAAGGCAGCUGACGAUUAUGAAGAUGACUUUGAGGAUGGAAAUAACACCCAGGAGUUUAUUAGUAGUUUUGAGGAGGAAAAAGGUGCUAAGAAAACCAAGGACAAACCAGCAGGUGCCCCCCGGAGUCCACGAACCCCUGUCAGGUCCCACCCAGUGGACAGCCAGACCACCACCUCCACCCACCUGGCUAUCCCGCCCCAGGCGCAUCACUUCACCUUCUCAAUCGACCUUCGCAGCAUCAAGGACUUCCACAGUGCAUCCACUCUGAUGGUCUUCAUAAGAUACUCGUACCCUUUCUUUGGGAGUGCAGCUCCAAUACUGACAAACCCUCCAGUGGAAAUCAGGAGAGGAAUGGAAGUCAUCCUUCCCCAGUCCUUCUGUGCAUUUGACUUUGCCUGCUCCAUACAACAGCUGCAGGAGACAUUUCUUAGAGUGCCUCUGAUGAUAGAAGUGUGGCACAGAGACAAACAACUGUCCCAGGACAUGCUGAUUGGAUCAGGGCGGCUUCCAUUGGACCAGAUCAUCACCACUGACAAAUUUAGAAUCUCAAGCAGCACUGGAUCUGCUGGGUGGAGACAGACAUUUCACGACAGACAGACAAUUACAGCCAAUGACAGUGGACAGCAGAAGAUUGGUGAGGUCUGUUUUGUGCUGUGUCUGGAGGACUGGGGACCAAUCACAGCCCAGCAGAUUGUGGUGCAGCAGGAGGGACCUCAGCCAGUAAAAGGAUCCCCAGUACGAUCACCCAAAGCAACACAAAGGGAAGUAAGUCCUGAGGAACCCCGAAAGACUGCUGAAUAUCAGGCUGCUGUGGAACUUGAGAUGUGGAAGGAAUCUCAGGAACAGAUGUUUGAGAAUCAGCUGAAGCAGAAAGAAAUUAUGUACAUGAAGGCCUUAGCGGAGGAAUGGAAGAAGAGAGACAGAGAGCGGGAAAUCAUCAUGAAAAAGAAGGUUGCAGAAUACACCCAAUCUGAGGAGAAGCUGAGGAAAACCUUGUUAGAUCUACAGAAAAGAGAGAAACAGCUAGCAGCCAACGAACAAGAGGUGACGCGGCAGCGGGGAGAGCUGCAGAGGGAACACGACAGAAAACUACAGGAAGUUAAGGAUGCCUCACACAGGAUGAAGGAAGAUUGUCUCCACCAGGUGGAGCUAGAAAGAAUGAAAGUUCGAGAGAUUGAGGGAAUCGUGGAUCGAUACAAAACUGAGCUGAAUGAGAUGGAGAAGAAAUAUAGGGCCCUGGAGAAAGAGUUUGCUGUGUUCAAAGAGCAGCAGAAUAGUAAACCAGAGGUCCGACUUCAGUCCGAGAUCAACCUGCUAACACUAGAAAAGGUGGAGCUGGAGAGGAAGAUUGAUGCUUUGUCCACAUCCAAGUUACACUACAAACAGCAAUGGGGCCGCGCGCUGAAGGAACUGGCUCGUCUAAAACAGAAAGAGCAGGCAUCAGCAAAGGCGGAGCUUAAACGGCAACAACAGGAACUGGAACACAUGCGUCUGAGGUAUUUAGCCGCGGAGGAGAAGGAAGUGGUCAGCUCGGAAAAGAAAGAGCUGGAGGAACUAAAGCAUGAAUUGUCCAAAUUAAAGAAACUUGAAGAGGAUAAGGGUAAGGGCAUGCCGGACAACAGCCCAAGAGACGGGAUGUACCCCCUACAGCCAGAUUUAGACUAUAGUUUGGACGACCACAUCACACGGCUGAUCGAGGAGCGCGAUACUCUUCUUAGGACAGGCGUAUACUCCACUCAGGACAAAAUCAUUGCAGAACUGGACAGACAGAUCCGGGAGUCCAUCACUCAGAAGAAGACUAAUGCCUUAUAGCAAUCCAGUAGUGUCUACUCUAUCGGGGGAAGUAUUCUGGCCAAACACUGAUGUCAAAGUUUUAGCUACCACACAGCAAACAGCGCACGGAAAUCAUCGGAAGUGGUACUGAAUAGAAAUUUGCAAUCCAGUCAUGUUUUAUUAAUCUGCAGGUGCUUGUUCUAUAUAAACGGAGAUUGAUAAUGCAGGUGCUUGUUCUAUAUAUAUGGAGAUUUGAUAAUGCAGGUACUUGUUCGUUAUACGGAGGUUAGAGAAUGCAGGUGCUUGUUCUAUAUGGAGAUUUGAUAGUGAACACCGGUAUAUGUAUUACAGUUCUCAUUGUUUUGUGGUUUUCUAAAAGUUCAUUUACAUGUAAAAUGACCUUUUUAUUCAAUCUUGGUUAAUAUCAAAAGGUCUGAAAAGAUUAUUUUGUAGUGAAAUAGUUUUCAAAUAAUUUGAUGGAAUGUUUUUUUUUUGUAUUUAAAUUUUCAUAGAUUGAAAAUAGUUUUUCAUUUUUUUUGUUUUUGAGGGUUUCACUCUGAACCAACAAUUAACACCAAAAAUAAAGAUUUUGGUAGAAAUUACAGCAUACUCCUAUAUACUGUUAUAAGAUGAGUAGAAUGCAUUUGCUUGUGGUAUAGGUGUAUUAUCUUGUAAAAACAAUUGAAUGCACAUUGAUUAGUGUGAAGUAAAUGAGCCAUUUGAAAGUAGUGCUUUAUAUUAUACUGGACAUUUAGAUGCAUAUUUGACAUGGAGCUUGUAUGAUUGCCCUAAUGUUCUGAAACUGCAAUGGUUAGCAAAUAAAAUUGCAUUUCAUAUUCAUCCAUGAUCGGUUUUCAUGUAGAAUCUCUGUUAGUAAGUUUUUAACAAACAUUACACAAAUUUCUUACUUUAGACAUUUAUUCUUGAUUUUCAUGUAUAUCUGCCUGACCUCCUUCGACCUUGACAGUGUCUGAUUAGGCAGUUGUCACUGUGUCUUUGUUAGCUGAGUGUUUUGGGGGAGCUGACUAAAAACCCUUGACUAGGGAAGCUGGAACAUUGUGUCAUUAUAAGGUGUUCGUGAAGUGAAGGGAGGCCGUUAUGACUGUACUGUAUAUAUCUGUGAUAGUGGAUUAAUGUCAAGCACUUGCAGAACUCAAUCUCUCAUGUCAGCAAUCAUCUCCAUAUCAACACAAUCUCCCAUCUGUAAAGGUUUAAUGUAACCCUGUUAGGGUUCAAUAUCACACCAUCUCCUAUCUGUAAAGGUUUAAUGUAACCCUGUUAGGGUUCAAUAUCACACCAUCUCCUAUCUGUAAAGGUUUAAUGUAACCCUGUUCUGCUGUGUGUUGUGCACUUGGAAAACUCAGUAAUCUAGUUUUAGCUUACUUGUAGAAUGCUCUUUAUAGUUCAUGUCUUCUCACACUUACUAGCAAAAUUUAACCAAAAAAAUGUUAUAGAAUUAAUAAUCUUUCAUAAUACACUGUAGAUAUUUGUUUUCAUGCGUAUUAUACAUAAAUAACAAUUUCUUAUCACCUCAGCUCUGGAACCCCCUAAGUAAAUACAGAAGGUAGAACGGUGUAUUAUAUCACUUGAUGGGGUAGACACACAAUGAUAUUGAACUUCAUUUAAGCCCUUUGUAUAUAACUGUUGAAUGAAGAGAAAGGUUCAAAAGUGUAUUUAAAGUAUUUGAAUAUUUACUGAUUUUGCAGCAUGUACAAGUUAACUUUGUAAAAUUAGAACAACAUGGGCAAAUGUAUGUUUAUUUAAGCAAUAUUGUGAUAUGUAAAUAACAUACUAUAUAUAUAUGAUAAAUAUGUUGUUAACUUGUUCGUAACAUUUUUGAACUGAAACAUUAAAAUUGUAAAGAAA